UUUUUUUUCAGAUUUGUUCCUUUGAUGGCUGAGCAUGCACGAUAUUGUGAGAUGGACAAGCAAUGUCACGUAUCUAGGUUGCGUGCAUGAGACUUAGGAAAUGUUCAUUCAAACUCCAGAAAAAAGUAUCUCGGAAGCAAUUACUUCGGAGGGGGACUAUGCUUGCAGUGAUGUUUUUGUAAGCAGAAGACUUCUUUGGAUUAGAAUUACCAUUGCACUUAGGAACCCUCUUCACAGGUAAAGCGCGUAUUUCAUGUAAUCAGCCGUGCAAAUAAGCACAGUUAGCGUCAGAAAUUCAUUAUCACUUCAGGACUUGCGGAGAUUCAUGGUAAGCGGGAGAACCCACAAUGGGGAAAGCUGAGCUGAGAGUCGGUGUGAGCGACCACGGGAGUCGGUGAGAGCCGGUUGCAGCAGCAGGGGGCUUGCUCUGAAGAACGGUAAGAACCGGCAUCGAGCGACCGAUCUGUUUGGUGAAACCCCAGAAUUACUAAUUUGGUAUAACUGACAAGCUAUAUUCGAGGAAGGGCAGAGAUUUUGGGUCGGUGAUGAAACACGCAAUCAUCAAGAUUCGGAAUCAUCCAGGUUUGACCUUGUCUUUCAUAUUACAUUCUUUCAUGAAUAAAAGAAGACAAACCCUAAACCUGGAUGAACGGCUGGUUAUGGAACGCAUCUCCCCCAAAAUUUCCCUGUUGAGUUAGCAUUCUCCGAAUCUGAGAGAUCAUACUCGUCGUCCGGUUUUCAAAGCACACGCGGUGGGAAGGCCAUUUGGAUCUGGGAGUGAGCACUGCGCAUCCACCCCAUCGUCAUCCCCCCCCCCCCCCCCUACUGCAAGCUCGAGGAGACAUCCGCUUUUGGGGUGUAGUUGGAGGGCACCUUUUCCGGGGUUGAAUUGAGGGCUUGGGCGCUUUUGGUCUUUGUCGCGUGUCGUUGCAGGAACUGGGAAACACGGGGACGUUUGAGGGUCAAUGGUGAAGUUGUUAGGCAGGUCUUGAUGUUGGGUAUUUUUUUAUUUUAGGGGAGCAUCAUUGGGCGGAAUUGGUGGAGUUCGAGAUUGAUUUGAAAGCAACAGGGAUUAGGGUUUGGGUUCGGUGAUGUUUACCUUACAUUUCGUUCAGUUCGAGGUUGAUUUCCUUUGGACGUUUCAUUUGUAGAUAUUGAGCUAAGGCGCUGCAUAUGAAGCCUUUGUGCGGAUAAUUCUUCUUUUGCCACCUACAGAUCUAGCCUGUAUAUGUUGGACACGAUCGAAGGAGAUUUUAUCGCAAGGUCGUGUUGGGUAUCUGUGCAAAGUCAGUGUGAGGAUUACGUUGGGGCAAUGCUGAAGAGUCUGGGGCUAGGGCAAUAUUGAGAGCAUCCCGGAGCUUUAGAGUUUGGGAGCGUUUAUUUGGAACGGCUUUCAGGAGCUGAUCGAUUCGUUAGAUUGCACCGAGGAUACUGGAAUUAGGGCGAGGAUGACCUGUGCAAUGCACGAGUGAAUCUGGGUAUUAUCCAAAACUAUGCGACGAGGGUUUUUCUGCAACCUCGGGGUUAUAAAACUUGGGAAGUGUGAGCAAGUCCCUGAUGGUUUCUCUUUGAGACAAAUAUUUUUUCUUUAAUAAUAAUGGGCACAUUAUUAGUAUCAUUUAGUUCCCGAGGCAGAGGGAGUUGUACUCGGAAGUGUAGUUUUAGUGAGUCAGGAUUUGACAGAGGUUAGGGUAUCUGGAGUUGUUGAAGCGGAUUUCUUUCUGAGGGGUUGAGUUCACCGUUUGUUGCAAAUUGCUGCACAAAAUCAGCGUUGGCGCUUCCUAGGGGUGGAGAAGAAGUCAUGGAGUGGAUUUGGAUGUGGUCCUCAGCUGCACAGAGCGGAGACAUUUGUGAAAAAUGGGGCAAAACCCUCGUUAGGAAAAGACUGUUCGACGGAGAUCAGUUUGAGGUUUGAUUGCGAUCAAUUUGUUGUUUCAUGAUUGAGAGGUUGCAGCAGUCCGCUAGUGACUACUUGCAAUAGGUUUUAAAAGGUAUUAUUGAGAUAGAGCUGUAUGAGAAGCACGGAAGUAUGGGAGACAGUGACAGGCCAUCGCUGCUCUGGUUGCCGGAGGAGCCAGGCUCAGAAUCAGAGAAGGGCAUAAAAGGAAAAUCUCAACUCGAGAGCAGGUCCUCUGAUGUCCGCAUCCCCAUUGGUUCGGCAGCCUCCGAAGACUCAGAGACUGUGAGCAGGAGUGAUCUGGGUAAGCUCUGGACUCCAGAACCUCUUCUCGUGCCUGACGACAGGGUCCGACGCAGCAGUCUAUGGGUUUCUGCAGCGGGAUCUGCUACCCGAGGUGAAAUCAGGGAGGAAAUAAGAGCAGGAAAGAGGGUGGCUGAGAUUGAAGCAAUCGAUGAGCACCCUCCCACACCUUCCGACACGGACUCAGAUGUGGAAUCGCGCGCGUUGUUGCAGCGUGAUGGCGCUACAACGAACGGCAUUCAUAAAUUUGAAAUCGAGGAGCCCCCAAAUCGUGUGCGGAGCGAGAUCAAGGACUGGGUGCGGAGAUCCGAUAAGAAACGGAAUAGUAUGGCUGAAAGGCUCUCAGAUCUUUUGAAGCCGAAGACUACCUCUGCUGAUUCGGAGUCUGAAGCCACCGCCCGGGAGAGGAGACGGGCUUCAGACGGUGGUAGGGAAAAGCGUGUCUCGCAGCUCACUCGCCCGUCGUUGCAGAGGCGCAACUCCUUAGCCAUGCAAGUCUCAGAACGAGUGCCUCCUGAGUGGGUGCUUCUUCUUCUGGGUUGUCUGCUAGGCCUCUCCAGUGGUAUCAGUGUGGUUCUUUUCAACAAAGGGGUACAUCUUAUACACGACUUAGCCUGGGCAGGGACUCCACACGAGGGAGCAGCCUGGUUACGAGCACAGAAACUUGUAGACAUUUGGCACAGAAUCUUAUUGAUUCCUGUGGUCGGUGGAGUUGUAGUCGGAAUGUUCCAUACAGUCACCGAAGUUGUGGAUAUGAUUCGUGCUGCGCAACCACAACCAUCGCUGUCCAAUCGCAACAAAAUAGAUUGGCUCGCAGGAAUCAAACCUUUCAUCAAGGCUUUGCAAGCUGCUUUGACUCUUGGCACUGGGUUGUCUCUGGGUCCUGAAGGUCCAAGUGUUGACAUUGGCAAAUCAUGGGCUCAUGGUUUUUCAAGUAUCAUGAAGCAUAGCAAAGAGAGGCGAAUUGCACUUGUGGCAGCCGGUGCUGCUGCUGGCAUAGCUUCAGGAUUCAAUGCUCCUGUUGCCGGGACUUUCUUCGCUAUUGAAACUGUGCUGAGACCUCAGCAUGCUGAAAACUCUCCUCCUCUUACGACAGCAAUGAUCAUACUGGCGGCAGUGAUCUCAUCUACUGUGUCCCAGAUUCUUCUUGGCGAGAGGCCUGCAUUUACUGUCCCUCCCUACGAGUUACGAUCUGCUGCUGAACUGCCACUAUACAUACUUCUUGGGGGCAUCUGCGGCGUCAUGAGUGUAAUAUUUACUCGUCUUGUCGCCUGGUUCACUCGAACGUUUGGCUUCCUGAAUGACCAGCUUGGUGUUCCUAUUUCAGUCACUCCAGCCAUUGGAGCUCUGUUUACUGGAGUCAUUGCCUUGAGAUACCCAGGUGUUCUUUACUGGGGAUUCACGAACGUGGAUGAAAUUCUUAAGACUGGUUUUACUGCAACUGCUCCCGGACAGGGUCUUUUGGCCCAGCUCACUGUUGCGAAAAUCGUAGCCACUGCAAUGUGUAAAGGUUCAGGACUUGUGGGAGGGCUGUAUGCUCCCAGUUUGUUCAUUGGGUCAGCGGCUGGCGCUUUGUAUGGCAGCAUAAUUGGGCAAGCCAUCAAUACCGUAAUGCCAGGACAUAAUGCUGUGGCUCAUCCCCAGGCCUAUGCUCUGGUGGGGAUGGCGGCUUUGCUAGCAUCUGUGUGUUCAGUUCCCCUAACAUCUGUCCUCCUGCUUUUUGAGCUCACAAAGGACUAUCACAUUUUGCUCCCACUCAUGGGAGCAGUAGGACUUGCAAUCUGGGUGGCAGCCGUAGGAAACCAGAAAAGGUCUUCUCACAGAGAGCCUGCAACCCAGCAAGGUCUGCUAAGUGAUGGAUCGGGUACCUUGCCUACUGGGCGAGUAUGGCGCAAACCUGAAGGGCAAGGAGCUGAGAUCGAGCUUGUUACGCUGGGUGGUGAUGAUGACCCUAAUGGAAUAUAUGUGUCGGAGGAUGCUCUCAUGAAUGAGUUACAAGCAUCUCAAGCUAUGAGUAAGGACUUUGUGAGGGUGAACGCAAUGUCUACAGUGAAAGAAAGCUUGGGUGCAAUGCUGGCAGGUGGACAGCGCUGUGCUCUGGUUGUUGAUGAGAAUGAUCUUCUUGAGGGAAUCAUGUCUUCCUCGGACUUACAACGAGAAGUGCUGAGAGCCACAGAGGAAUCUGUGUUCUCUGAUGUCCCCAUCAUUGUAGAGGUAGACACAAUGUUGGUUGCUGCCAUCUGUACCAGCAGCAUCGAGAAUGUGGCCGACGGCCACAAUAUUGUAGUCUGUUAUCCAGAUACAACCCUGCGGGCUGCAGAGGAAUUGAUGCAACCGCGUGGUCUCCGUCAACUUCCAGUUGUCACCCGCGUUGGCAGACAAUGGCAGGACCGUGGCCAUAAAGUAGUCGGUUUGCUGCAUCGCGAAACAAUUUCACAAUGUGUCAAGGAUGAGGCGUCAAAGAGAUUGGCAGCCAUGCUCGAGCAGAAAGCUAAAGAAGAAGAUUUUUCACCGCUUUCUGAUGGAGCACACUAACUGCUAUUUACCCAGUUUAGGGUUUAGGGUUUAGGGUCCUACCAUAUCGUAGUUGAGUGUAGUACUCCGUGGGGUUGUUUUAACUUUGCACGAGUGCACCCCAAACUCUGUAGCAAUUAAUUUCUCACUAAGCUUAGAAAGGCCAUCUAUUCUUUCAUCACGUGUAGCAUACAUACUUAUCCGGCAUUUACUUUCCAUUGACCAAGGGUGUUUUGAAGUAACCAAGUCGUGCUUAAAUACUUAUCACUUGAGAAGUAGUAGCUGUUACCAAUCUCUCAAA